AUGGGGGUCAUGGGUUUGUUUAGUAAAUUUGCCUUUUUUCUUGGAGUGCGAAAAAAAGAAGUUAAUGUUUUGGUUGUUGGACUUAACAAUAGUGGUAAAUCGACGGUUGUCAACCAUUUUAAAAAUGAAGAAGAACGUGUCACUGAAAUCGUACCAACAGUGGGAUUCAGCGUCGAAAAAUUUCAAAAUCAAAAUUUGGCUUUCACAGCUUUUGAUAUGUCUGGACAUGGACGCUACCGUGAUCUUUGGGAACAUUACUACAAAGACUGCCAUGGAAUUAUUUUUGUGGUAGAUAGCAGUGACCGCCUUCGACUGGUUGUCGUUAAAGAGGAAUUCGAUUUAUUGUUGCAACAUCCAGAUAUAUGUAACCGCAAAAUUCCAGUUCUCUUUUUUGCUAAUAAAAUGGACUGCAAAGAUGCUUUAAGCAGCGUUAAAAUUGCUGCAGGAUUGGGGUUAGAUAAAAUAAUGGACAAGCCGUGGCAUAUUGCUGCAAGUAAUGCUUUAACUGGGGAAGGACUGCAGGAAGGAGUUGAAUGGUUGACACAACAAAUCAGGGAUGUUGUUUUGAAUAAGAUUUAAUGUUAGUUGUUUGCACAAUAAAACUUUUAUAAAUA